AUGUCUUACAAUGCUUCAUCGUCGUCUUCCUCAUCGAUAGCAUCAUCAUCACCGACAACAAAUUCAUUAUUUUCCAAGUCCUUUUGGAUGGGCUCAUUGUUUGGUGCGAGUGUUUUGUCGGUAGGAUUUCUCAUUGGAUGUUUCUAUCAGUCCAAACGAUACAAGAAAGACAUUUCCGAAUUAAAAACGCUCAUUCAAGCCUUACAGCAAAAUCAACAAAAUUCGGCUCUGAAUCAAAAACGAAUUUCUUCUAAUUUAUCGGAAUAUGUGGUAGGAAAUCCUGGUGAUGAAAUGGCUUUAGCAGUGGAGGAUCCUUCCAGACAACCAUCACCUGGUCAACUCAACACUUAUCAACGAUUCUAUCACAAACCAAAAAGGAUUUUUCUCAUUCGUCACGGUGAGAGCGAAGGUAAUAUUGAUCCAAAUGUGUAUGCUGUAAAACCUGAUAAUAAGAUUGAAUUAACAGAGUUGGGAAUGCAACAAGCGGAUGAAGCUGGAAAAAAAUUGAAACAAAUCAUUGGAGAUGAAACUGUUUGUUUUUUCAUUAGCCCAUAUAAACGUAGUGUACAAACAUUUGAAAUGAUAGCUAAGCAUUUUGGAGGGAAAGAAAAUGUGUAUUUUAAAGAGGAUCCAAGAUUAAGAGAGCAAGAUUUUGGUAAUUUCCAGGAUCCGGCAGAUAUCAAAAUUAGACAAGAAGAACGGCGUAGAUUUGGUAGUUUUUACUAUCGCUUUCCUCAAGGUGAAAGUGGUAGUGAUGUAUAUUGUAGAGUAUCCAGUUUUUGUGGAAGCAUGCUGAGAAGCAUGGAAGAGCAUCGACAACCUUUCGAUAAUUAUGUAUUGAUAUCUCAUGGGCUGACAUGCCGACUCUUCUUAAUGAGAUAUUUUCAUUGGAGUGUCGAUACAUUUCAUGCUCUUUGGAACUUGACCAAUUGUCAAAUUGUCACAAUGGAACUGCAAGAGAAUGGAAAAUAUAAAAUAAGAGAAAGAUUAAAGAUUGAUGAUGAAAGCUUAUUGCCACCAAGCGAUUUUGCAGAGGUGAACGAAAGUACUGCAAAACAAGAGCUUGGGGCUACACACUAA